UUGGAAAUGAUACUGUAGACAUUGCCCCUACUUUGAAAACUGAGUGUCCAGGCUAAUGACUCAAGAGCUCUGCAUAGAGGCCAAGGUGUUCUCCACAAGGUUGGAACCCUGACUGCCAGAACUUAUCAUUAAGAGUAUCUGACCAAAGAGAAGAGAGAGUCUUCCCUGCCAGUACCAGGUGACCAUGGAGACUGGUGGCCUCCCCCUGGAGCUGUGGCGCAUGAUCUUGGCUUACCUGCACCUUCCCGACCUGGGCCGCUGCAGCCUGGUAUGCAGGGCCUGGUACGAGCUGAUCCUCAGUCUUGACAGUACUCGCUGGCGGCAGCUGUGCCUGGGUUGCACUGAGUGCCGCCACCCCAACUGGCCCAACCAGCCUGACGUGGAGCCUGAGUCUUGGAGGGAGGCCUUCAAGCAGCAUUACCUUGCCUCCAAGACAUGGACCAAGAACGCCCUGGACUUGGAGUCCUCCGUCUGCUUUUCUCUAUUCCGAAGAAGGAGGGAACGACGUACCCUAAGUGUUGGGCCAGGCCAUGAGUUUGACAGCCUGGGUAGUGCCCUGGCCAUGGCCAGUCUGUAUGACCGAAUUGUGCUGUUCCCAGGUGUGUAUGAAGAGCAAGGCGAAAUCAUCCUAAAGGUGCCCGUGGAGAUUGUAGGUCAUGGGAAGCUGGGCAAGGUGACCCUGCUAGCCAGCAUCGAUCAGCACUGCUCUACCACACGCCUGUGCAACCUUGUCUUCAUGCCAGCCUGGUUCUCACCCAUCAUGUACAAGACCACAUCAGGUCAUGUCCAGUUUGACAACUGCAACUUUGAGAAUGGGCACAUCCAGGUCCAUGGCCCAGGCACCUGCCAAGUGAAGUUUUGUACCUUCAAAAACACCCAUGUCUUUCUGCACAACGUGCCCCUGUGUGUCCUGGAAAGCUGUGAAUUUAUGGGCAGCGAAAACAACUCUGUGACUGUGGAGGGUCACCCAUCAGCAGAUAAGAACUGGGCCUACAAGUAUCUACUGGGUCUUAUCAGGUCCUCUCCCAGCUUGCUCCCCACAGAAAACUCUGACUUUUUAAUGUCCCUGGACCUAGAGAGCCGGGAUCAGGCCUGGAGUCCCAGGACCUGUGACAUUGUCAUUGAAGGCAGCCAGAGUCCUACCACCCCUGCCUCUAGCUCCCCAAAGCCAGGCUCCAAGGCUAGCUUGCAGGAAGCAGAGGUGGGCAGCGACGGGGAAAGGGUGGCCCAGACCCCAGACAGCAGCGAUGGAGGCCUGAGCCCCAGCGGUGAGGAUGAGGAUGAGGACCAGCUCACAUACAGAUUGUCCUACCAAGUGCAGGGCCCACGCCCUGUCCUGGGGGGGUCCUUUCUGGGCCCACCUCUGCCUGGAGCAUCCAUUCAGCUGCCCAGCUGCCUGGUGCUGAACUCACUGCAGCAGGAGCUGCAGAAGGACAAGGAGGCCAUGGCACUGGCCAGCUCUGUGCAGGGCUGCCUGAUCCGAAGGUGCCUGUUCCGGGACGGGAAAGGAGGUGUCUUUGUGUGUUCUUAUGGCCGAGCCAAGAUGGAAGGAAACAUCUUCCGGAACUUGACUUAUGCAGUUCGAUGUAUACAUAAUAGCAAGAUUGUCAUGCUCAGGAAUGACAUUUACCGCUGCCGGGCAUCAGGCAUCUUUCUUCGCUUGGAGGGUGGAGGCUUGAUUGCCGGCAACAACAUCUACCACAAUGCAGAGGCUGGUGUAGACAUCCGGAAGAAGUCCAACCCACUCAUUCUGUGUAACCAGAUACACCAUGGCCUUCGCUCUGGCAUUGUUGUCCUUGGCAAUGGGAAAGGCGUCAUCAGGAACAACCAAAUCUUCUCAAAUAAGGAGGCUGGCAUUUAUAUCCUGUAUCAUGGAAAUCCGAUAGUGAGUGGGAACCACAUCUUCAAGGGACGUGCAGCCGGCAUAGCCGUGAAUGAGAAUGGGAAGGGCCUCAUCACAGAAAAUGUCAUCCGUGAAAAUCAGUGGGGAGGCGUGGACAUCCGCCGUGGAGGGAUCCCUGUCCUCAGGAGCAACCUCAUCUGCUUUGGCUACUCAGAUGGUGUGGUUGUGGGAGAGGAAGGCAAAGGACUGAUAGAAGGAAAUACCAUCUAUGCUAACAAGGGCUGUGGUGUGUGGAUGAUGUCAUCCAGUCUGCCCCACGUCACCAGCAAUCAUGUGAGCUAUAAUGGCCUGUAUGGAGUGGCAGUGUUUAGCCAGAAGGACGGCUCCAGUGAGUUUCCUGGAGGUCAUGGGGCCCAGGAGAACUUCAGUGAGGAUGGGGACGCCAUCCUCUGGGAGACAGAACUGGAGAAGGAGGAUGACCCGCUGCGCCGGCCCAUCACCAUAGCUCUUGUAGAGUCUAAUAGUAUUAAUCACAAUGGAGCCUCCGGACUGUAUGUCCAGAGCAGUGAGGCCCUGCAUGUCAUCACCAAUGUGAUUCAUGCCAAUGGAGACAGAGGCAUCACUGUAGCCCAGAGCAGCCAGCUCACUCGUGUGGCCAACAACAGCAUCUCCUGCAACCGGCAGAGUGGGGUCAAGGUGGAGGCCCAGUGUAAGGUGGAGCUCCGGGGCAAUGGUAUCUAUGACAACAGAGGCCAUGGCAUCAUUACCAAGGGUGACAGCACUGUCGUUAUUGAAAAUGACAUCAUUGGCAACCGGGGCAGUGGGCUGCAGUUGCUGCCCAGGUCUGACACUAAGGUAAUGAAGAACCGGAUCCACUCAUUCCGGGCCUAUGGCAUUGCAGUUCGGGGCCACACCAAGGCCCUGGUGCAGGAGAACAUCAUCUUCCAGGGCAAGACCAACAAGACCAUCUUUCAGCAGAUCUCAAACAACAGAGACUGCAUCAUGCAGAACAACAAGUUCCUGGUCUUCAAGAAAAAGUCUGAUACGUGGCGUCUGGUGAACCCACCAGCACGGCCUCAUCUUGAAAGCUCUCUCAGGGGCCCAUCUGCAGCCCACAGUGGGCAGAAAGUGACAGCCAUGGCAACCAGGAUCACAGCUCGUGUGGAAGGUGGUUACCACAGCAACCGCAGCAUCUUCUGCACCAUCCUGUAAGGUUGCAGACCUGCCUUAGGCUCAGAAGAGCUAAGGGAUGGAAGUAGUGCCUGAGAAGACUCCCAGUCCCUCCCUCCUCUUACUUGGCCUCCUCUUGGAAAAACAAGUCCCAGACCUCCUGGGCACUCAGAACAAGGUACCUCCAAAACCUUUCAGCUCCAAAAUCCUAAGCAGAAAGGAACUUGGAAACAUUUCUCAAGGAGAAAAGGGCACAAAAGUUGGGGGACUUCUAGUCAUUCUAGCAACUGUAGAUUAUGAAGAGUUGGGGAAACUCAAAUAUGUGAAACUUUGGGGUCAGGAUUUUGAGUUACAGGGAACCUCAUUUUACACAUACCAAACCCUGACUCUUCUCAGGGAAGACAAUUUGCUUCUGAGGGACGUUAGUGAUUGGGGUGGGGUAGAUAACUGACCCACAAGUGGCCCAUUAUCUGGUCCUGGCCCCCUUCUACCUCCAAGGACUGCACUACACUUGAGUUUGUUUUCUUAAGGACACAGUUCUCCUAGACAGUCUUGUGAGGGAGGAAGCGGCUUGGGAAAGGAAGCCCCUCUUGAAAGGCUGUCCCCAGGAGGACAAGGGGACAUGAUACAAACAAAAGGGCCGUAAAGAAGAUGGCUUUCUUCAGGCAUCAGGCAGAUGCAUGACUGGGCAGUUCAGGGACGCAUAAAGCUCCACUGUCUUCAAGGAGCUCCCAAGCUCAGGAAGAAGUUAGCUUGGUGCCUGCUGCAGGACUCAGAGCCCAUGUGCACAUACCCAAACCAGCUCCCCCUCCAGCUCCAGCCUGUCCAGAUGGAGGUGCUUGGGCCCUCAAUGUGAAAAUAUUCUCAUAGGUGAUGUCCCCUACUCUGUGCCUUGGCUCAAACUUUCCUCUUACUGGCUCACCUCUCACCACACCCACAUGUGCUGGCCCCACUCAUUCUUCAAAAUAUAGCUCAUACACUGCCAUUUCUACAUAGCUGUUCCCUUACUCCAGAUGACAGUGCUGUCCCCCUCUGAGCCUCAGUCACCCUCCCUCUGCUCUCUCAGGGCACUGAGCACUUUCUGCCUUGUUUUGAAACUAUCUGGGGAUCUAUACCCUGUCCUACCCACUUGCCUGUGAACUCUCUGAAGGUAAGGUCACAUCUUAAUGUCUCUGUCCCCAGGUCCCAGCCCACAGCUAAGGGGUAGGAUUAAUGGCCUCAGUCAGGAGAGAAAGGCCAGGGGUUUACCUACCCGAACUGUGAAUGUAUCAGGGUUCCAGAGCCAGGUGGGGUGGGGCCCUACAGCUUGAGGAAGCUGGAUGCCUGAAUGAUCUCCCUCCCCUUGGCCUUUCACACAGGGCCUUCACCAGCCUGCUGGGGGUCACUGUUCUGCAUCUGGCCAGGUGGCUUCCCAGGCUGGUUUUGUGUAAGGCUCUAGGUGCUGCUCUGCUCGGUGGGUGGGAGAGGAAAUGAGGGGCUCUGGCUUCCCCCUGAGGACCUUGGACACAAGUGUUGGUCCCUCCCAUCCCCAGCACUGUCCUUUGCACUUGUUUGGUGGCCUCAAUGUGAGUCGCUGUACAAAAUGCUGCCUUUGUUACUUUGUAAGAAAUGACUUUUUUGUGAACCAAGAACUUAUGAAAAUCUCAGUAACUAAAAUAAAGUUUUAUAUUUUAAAGGAGA